GGGGUAUUAUGCCUCGAGAAGCUGAGAUAUCGCUCAAUGAGCGCGAGUUCAUUAAACAAGCGCUGCAAGAGCAGAUUCGCAUCGACCGGCGCACCUUUGACGCCUUUCGUCCACUUGAGCUCACCUUUGGCGACGAAUAUGGCGUCGCUGACGUGCAAUUGGGCAAGACCAGAGUCAUUGCCCGUAUCUCGGUAGACGUGACGACACCACCACCGGAGCGCAAGUUCGAUGGCAUCUUCCAAAUAGUCACAGAGUUCUCACCAAUGGCUUCGCCGGCGUUUGAAGUUGGCCGCCCUACAGAUGCCGAAGUGAUCCUCUCGCGCAUACUCGAAAAGGCCAUUCGUCGCUCCAACGCUCUGGACACCGAGUCACUCUGCAUCAUCGCCGGCUUACAGUGCUUUGCUCUCCGCGCGGACGUACACAUAAUCGACCACGACGGUGGUCUCAUUGACGCUUCUUGCAUAGCCGUCAUGGCAGCGCUGCAACACUUUAGGAGACCAGACGUCGUAGUCGAAGGCGAGAAAGCGACCAUUCUCAGCGUACGCGAGCGCGAGCCGAUUCCAUUGUCCAUUCUCCACCAACCGCUCUGUGUUACAUUCUCCUACUUUGAAGGAGAAAUAUUCUUGGUGGACGCAAACUUGGCCGAAGAGCAGGUUCGACAAGGAGAGGUGAUUGUUACCAUGAACAAGCACGGAGAGAUUUGCCAGAUUGCCAAGUAUGGAGGAGCCACCAUCAAUCCGCUGGCCCUACUGAAUUGCACAAACAUUGCGCUGGAAAAGGUCAAACAGAUAGGCGCAUUUAUUCAAAAGAGACUCGAAGAAGAUGCAAAGGAAAGGGAUGCGGGAGGGCUCAUGGCUGAAUUGAGCGCUGAAAACGCCAGGUGAAGAUCUACCAAAUAGGAGCAUGACGCAAAAGCCCAGGAGUCUGGCCCAGCUAUCCAGCCUGCGAUGCUUGCAAAUAACGAGAUCGCACGACCGCGAAUCUUUGUCCGCCGAGCCAUGUGCUCCACCGGAAUAUUUCCACUCAAGGACGGGUUGUGGGUCUGUCGAUGUUGUGGAUCGGCGGUCCGCAGCAUCCCUAUACCUACAUACAAGUACGAGAUAGCCGAAACCAGACGGCAAAUGGCAGGCUCAAGUGGCAGGAUGGGGUGUAGUGAGCAGCUCAGCUCCAACAGGUAUAACGACAGGAAUGGCUAGUGUAUAAUUACAGGCAUGUGAAAAUGGAACGACUAGGUCUCCUGAUGCUCGGCAACUGCUCAUGA